UGCUCUGCGCUGAGUUGAGUCUGAAAGCUGGAGGGUCGCCAAUUCCACACCCCGCCUCUAUCCGCCUCCUUGCACCCGAUACCCCAGAGAGACAGCCGAAGAUGUCACAUGCGUCGAGAGUACCGGUGCGUUGUUAGCUGAAAUUGGGGCAGCAACCACAACAGCUAACAGACCUCAGUCCAAGAGCUCGUCAAAGAAACAUGGCGGACAUGGCUCAGGACGCGGCAAAGGGGCUAGCUAUGACGAGCCAAUGGCCGGGGUGAGCUUUUUAUUCAUGGUGAAUGAACUGCAUUACCACGGGCCCGAACAGGACUGUUACCAUAACCUCGUGCCUCCCACUGACCCAACAUCAUACACGGCCGAAAUCCCCAGCAGCGUCAUGUACUACAGAGACGGCAACGUCACUGUGGCCGAGGGUUUCCACUGGGCACGAGAGCCGCAGUAUCCAGCCGACGGAUAUCUCUGGGGACCAGACCCAGAGACGGGUGAAUGGUAUCCCGUGCACAAAUACAAGACGUUUGCUGUCUUCGCCUGCAACUCGCACCUCCCCAUCAUGGUCUCUCCCUACGAUCCCCUUUCCGUCAACACCCGCUCGGGCUGGGAACUGCUCCAGCUUUUCCACCCCAGGGGGGCACUUCGCGGCAUCUCGCAGGUUGCGUGUGAGGAUAGUGAAAUGGCCGAGGGACCUGGUCUCGUGCGACACGCCGCGGGCGCUCGACCCAGUUGGAUCCCCUCGCUUCUGCCCUCGACGUACAAGUCAACCGCGACGGAGCCCCCGACCUCACGGGGACUCGGUGGCGAGUUGGCCAUUAUCCUGGGCCUCAUGGCGCUCAGCGCGGAGCCAGAUCCGAUGGGAACCAACGACAAUAUAAACAACGUCUUUGUAGGCCAUCAACGGAGGUGGCGCCGGCAGCAGUGGACAUACGAUGAGCGGCCUAGAGGAUAUCCCCAAACUGACCGGGACGAUCCGAGAGGGUUUCUCGUCAAUGUAUUCCACGACCCGAUGAGCCCAGAGACAUCCACCGACGAGGUUCUGAGAUACUUCGAGUGGUCGGAUGCUAUUGUCCGUGAGACUCGGUCUUGAAACAAGUCUCCCUCCCUCUCCCGUGAUGGUGUCGAAGGCUGGUGACGUCCCUGAUCGUUUUGAUCAUGUUGAUGCUGUUCGAUUUUAUGCAUGUUUUUGAGAAGCGGUGAAUAUGCCACACAUUAGGCGAAGGGUUCUGCAUUUGCUAAUUUUGCGUCGAUUCAUGUCCUUCU